AUGACUUCUUUGGAUAAAUCCAGGCAUGUGGCUUACAUCAAGUCUCUGGACGAUCAGAAGCAGUUUCUUGAGUACUGGCUCAGCGAGCACCUCCGUAUGAACGGGAUAUACUGGGGUGCUUGUGCGCUCUUCCUUAUGAAAGCGGAGCAUGAAUUUGACAAGAAGACUCUGGUGGAGUUUAUUCUCAGCUGCUAUGAUACUACCUACGGAGGCUUUGGAGCGUUCCCUAAACACGAUUCGCAUAUUCUCUCUACAUUGUCCGCAUUACAACUACUAAAGAUGUACGACUCCUUGGACGUCAUUAACGACAAAAAAUCACAAAUACUUGAAUUUAUCAAAGGCCUCCAACUGCCAGAUGGAUCAUUCCAGGGGGACAGGUUUGGCGAAGUCGACACGCGAUUUGUUUAUACUGCCAUCCAAUCGCUGAGCAUUCUCGAAAGUUUAAGUCCCGACAUCGUGGAUCCGGCGGUGGAUUUCAUACUCAGAUGUCAAAAUUUCGAUGGAGGGUUUGGCAUGGUGCCAGGCUCAGAGUCGCAUUCCGCACAAAUAUUCACAUGUUUGGCAACUUUGGCUAUUGCUGGGCAAGUAGACAAAAUUAAAGAUCGGGAGGCUCUUGAAUGGUGGCUUAGUGAACGACAAGUGGAAAACGGAGGCUUGAACGGCCGAUCUGGUUCCCGUUGA